UCAAAACAAAGUGCUAUCAGCGUCGUUGUGCCUUCCUUUAAAAGUGUUUGUGCAUUCGUUCGUCAUAAAUAAAAAUUAAAAUGGCUACCGAAACGGAAAACCUAAAAAAAUUACGCGUUAUACGCUCGCAGUGUAAAGGAACGAUUACGAGAAUCGAUAAUUUUGUCAAGGAUCCCGUAUGUUUGGCAGCCGCCAGCGCCGAUAUAUUAGAGGCGCGAAAAGAGAAGCUCAUUUCCACCUUAAAAGAUUACGAAAAGGUGCAAAUGGACAUCCUAAGCAUUGAUGAAGGCGAUGGUGAACAGGUGGGAGAAAUUGAAGACAAAUACUAUUCCAUAUUAGCAAAAAUUAACAGCUCUCUUAAAAUGUUAAACACAAAAGUGACUUCGGAUUGCCACAACGCAUCCACAUGGCCACAACACAUUGCUGCAUCAGGAGCGCAAUGUGAAUGUGGAGAAGCCCAGAAUAAAUAAUGAUGACAGUCAGCAGCCACUAUCAUCUGAUGCUGGUGAGUUUGAAAUUGCUGUUAAUACUAUUUUAAAUUGUGUGUCCGAUAAUGGUGUUUUGCUUCCAACCAUUAAGGUAAAAUUAGCAACCAAAAAUAAUGAAGAGGUGGUAUGCAAGGCAUUGCUGGACACUGCGUCUCAAGGCAGUUUUAUUAGAUCAGAUUUGGUAAGCAGGCUUGGCCUAAAACCUAUGAUUGAGCCAAAUAAUAUUAUUGGGUUCCGUAAACAACUAUGUAAAGUAAAUGAGUAUGUAACUUUAACUCUUCAAUCUUGUAAGAAUAAUGUUAAAAUAAUAUUGAAAUGUCAUAUUAGUGAUGAAAUUACUUCCAAACUGCCUCAAAGAUCAUUAGAUGUAUCUAAAUAUCAUAUUCCACAAAAUAUAACUUUAGCUGAUGACACAUUUUACAUAAGAAAUGAUAUUCCUCUGUUGCUUGCAGCCAACAUCUAUUUU